AUGGCGCAGGCGGAGCGCGAGCGCAUGAGCGUGACGGACAGGAUCAACCUCGUCUCGCUCCACCUCCCCUCGAGCUCGCUCCCGGACCUCCCGCCCGCGCUGCACACCACCAAGCGCCUCCCGGCCCGCCUCAUGCCGGCCCUCAAGCGCGCCUGCAACCUCGCCGCGCCCCGCCCGGGCGCGCUGCGCGCUCGACGGCCUCCGCCCGCGCCCGGACGUCCUCCUCUACGACUUCUUCGCCCAUCGCCUCCGGAACGCGCGCGGGUGCCGGCCGUGCACUUGAGCACGUGCAGCGCCGCCGCCACGGCCUUCUUCGCCCAUCGCCUCCAGAACGAGCGCGUCCCCCGCGCGUUCCCGUUCGAGGCCAUCAGCCUCGGCGGCCCCGACGAGGACGCCAAGUACACCGCGCUGCUCGCCAUCCGCUGA